AUUUAUUAAUUUAGUGCUUCAGUGAUUGCGUCCGAGUGGAAGUCAGUUGAGUGUCGACUUUUGAAACGUUAGUUUCUUCUCCGUUGGAGUGGAGACCGCGUCUCGUUAUGUAUUUAUUUUAAGUUCAAUACUAUUAUUUAAGAGUUUGAUAAAGAAUUAGACAAAAUGUUGGGUGACGAAUUUAUUCUGAAAAAACUUUCAUCGGUCACUGGAGCUGAUAUAGAAGGAUUACGUUUAGUAUUAUCCAUAUUAUCAGGCUACCUUAUUGCGGUUUUUCACAGGAAAUUCCUGUAUGGCAAACCUCCAGGAAUUCAGCAUCUGUAUUUCAUUAUCACUGGACUAUUUUUAGGCUUUUAUAAUUUUGGUUUAGAUGUCCUGCAUACAACUGUUACACUUCUCUUUGUGUACACUGUAUUGAAGACGAUCGGUGGCACCCUACAUUCUGUUAUUAUUACUCUUACCUUUUCUAUGAUCUACCUCCUUGUCGGUUAUGCUAAAAAUGAAACGGAAUCAUAUGAUAUUGUAUGGACCAUGCCUCAUUGCAUACUGGUCUUGAGGCUUUCAGGACUUGCGUUCGAUAUUUAUGAUGGCUCUUUUCCAGAAAAAGAACUUUCCAAAGACAGUAAAAAAGUAGCCUUACUUGAAGUGCCUUCAUUACUGGAAAUGGCUGCUUAUUCUUAUUUCCCGACAAGUUUCCUCGUAGGCCCUCAAUUUCCCAUGAAAAGAUACCAAGAUUUCGUUGCUGGCAAGCUGAAACAUAAUCCUCAGAGCAAACUUCCAGAAUGUAUUUGGCCAGGUUUGAAAACGCUGGCAGUUGGACUUCUGUAUAUCGCCAUUUAUUGCGUUGGCACCAACUAUUACCCAGAUUCAUAUAUACUUGGACCUGAGUUUGUGGAAAUAUCAUUUUUCCGAAGAAUAUGCAUACUCGGCAUUUGGGGACACAUUACUUUGAUCAAAUACAUUGCUAUUUGGUUGCUAAGUGAAGGAUCUUGCACUCUCAUUGGUUUGACUUAUAAUGGAACUGAUGACAAUGGAAAUCCAAAAUGGGAUGCUUGUUCUAAUGCAAAUGUAGUGCGAUUUGAAUGCGCUCAGACUUUCACUUAUGACUACAUUGGUUCUUUUAAUAUAAACACUAAUCAAUGGAUGCUGCAAUACGUCUAUAAGAGAUUAAGGUUUUUGGGAAACAAAUAUUAUUCCCAGAUAGGCGUUUUGGUUUUCUUAGCUAUUUGGCAUGGUUUCCAUUCUGGUUAUUAUCUCACAUUUUUGAUGGAAUUCCUAGGAGUUGUUUUAGAAAAAGAUAUGGAAGUCAUUUUAAAUAGAAACAAAGUUUUCUUGGAGUUCCUCUCGCUGCCAGUCAUCAAGCAGAUCAAGUGGAUCGUUUUGAAGUUUUAUACGAUAGUAGUUAUGGGACCUUGCAUCGCGCCAUUAGCCCUUCGCUCAUUCAAUAGGUGGUGGCCGAUAUAUUGUAAUACUUACUUUUUCGUUGUCAUUCUUUGGGGGCCUUGGUUUUUGUACAAACCAAUCGUGAAGGCACUAUUACCACCCCAUAAGGAUGUAAAAGAAAAGAAGGUUAAUUAAGGUUUGUCCAAUGAGUAGUUGUACUGAUACAGUCAUAUACUUGGAUAUAUAAGUUUAUUUAUGUAUCCAUGCAUGUAUAUUUUUAAAAUUUCUGUGAUAGGAAGGUGAAACUUUUUACUCCUUCUACUGCAUAUUGAAAUUCUGUGGUCUGAUUUGUUGAUGUUAUUUUUUUUUUUGUCAAAUCAAAAACAAUGAAGCAUUGUAUUGAAUUUUUAAAUUAAAGUAUUGUUAAUUUAUUAAUUAAUUAAAUUAAAUGUCAUAGGAAUUUCACUAUCCAUCAAUGAAUCAGUUCACUAAUUGCUUUAUUGAAAUACCAUCAAAAGAAUCACAGAUAACUAUGAACUAUUAUAGAUAUAGUGGUAGAAGUUAAUUUGAUGUACAUAUCCGUUCAAAAUCAAGAUACAUUACUUGUUUCUUAUUCUGAUAAAUAUAUAUCACGUUAGGCAGUAAUAAGCUAUAAAGGUUGAUUGACCAUUAAGUUAUAUUAUAUUUAGGUUUUUCUCUACCUAAGAACGUCCUUCGAAAAAUUAAUUUUAGUAGUUACCUUAUACUCUAGUGCCUAAUUUCGUAAUCAAUUAUUUAGCGCAAACCAAUGUUUGAGUCUUUUAACUACUAAAUAUAAAAUAUAUUUCUAGGUAUCUAAUACGCUUUACCAAAAAUAUCCUCAAAAUUAAACUCAAAUUUUACUGAACACAUUUUACUGCCUAAUUAAUGAGAAAUUAAUCAUCAAUUUUCAGUAAUAAUUUGACAUAACUUUCUUAAUCUUUUUUAAAAAACAUUCUAUAACUUAAUGUUGACUUAUUGAAAAGAUGUUGUUAUGUUUACUGAACAAGUUUACAAAUUGUGGAUAUUAAUAUAGCUAAGAUUUGCAAAAUGGUUAGACCAUUUUUAAAAAAUCAUAUAAUUUAUUACUUGAGCCAAUUUUAUCUUACAAAAGUCUUUGAGGUAAGGUAGCUUUUGUUACCAAGGUAACUUACCUUAUCAAAGAUAGUUAUUUGUACUUGUGAUCGUUUAUAUUCAGUUUACUCGUCGUAGUCUCGAUUUUUGAGAAUUGAGGAAUACACUGUUAGUAGUAAUGAUAGGUUAUUUUUAAAUUGUAAAUUACAAUUAGUUCUAUAACCAGUUGUCAAUUAUGUAACUGCAGUACAUAAAAAGAUUGUGUCCACUUGUAUGUACCCUAUUGUAAAUUAUUAAAUUAAAAAUGUUUUAAAUAUGCUUAAGCAUAAUGUAUACAUACGCAUUGUAUAGAUUCUUGUAAUGAUACCAAAUUCAAGUUUUUUAGUUACCUUGUAUCACUUUUUAGUUAUGUUAUUGAUCAAUUAAGAUGCUUAUGAACUUCCUGCCGAAUAAGUAGACCGCAUUCCUUUCUGUCUAUUAUAAUGCUAAGUAUUGAAGGUUAGUGACCAAGACUGUAUUCUGUUGAAAUUUUUGUUUAUUAAUAAAAAUAUGUUAUAUUUACAACAAAAAUAAAAUUAAGUAAAAAUACAUUAAAAUUUGCUUCU